AUGGCCGUCUCCAUGCUCCACGCUCCGUCACGAGCGUCCACGUCCUCGUCCUCGUCCUUCAUACCCGUCUCCCGACAAAACACAAUGUCUUCGCACGACGGAUCGCGCUCCGUGCGGCAGUCAAAGCGGUACUCGGUCACCGCGCUGUACCUGUCCAUGUCUGCGAAGGAUAAGGAGCUGGAGAUUGAGGAUGACUUGGCAAGAGCCCAAAAGACACUGCGAGAGUUGAAAGCGAAGAUCUCGUCGCAGUCGAAGAAGAACUUCGUACUCGAAAAGGACGUCCGCUACCUUGACUCCCGGAUAGCCCUGUUAAUCCAGAACCGGAUGGCGCUGGAAGAGCAAAACGAGGUCGCAAGCCACUUGGAUGAAGCCGCCGAGCUGCAGGAGGGCUUCUUCCCGAAUGAUGAGAAGACGCAGAAAUAUGGAAACCUGCUCUUCCUACUACAAUCAGAGCCAAGGCAUAUUGCACACCUAUGCCGACUUGUUUCAAUGGCUGAGAUCGACGUGUUGUUGCAGACGGUCAUGUUCACCAUCUACGGCAACCAAUACGAGAGCCGCGAAGAGCAUCUGCUACUGACCAUGUUUCAGUCCGUUCUCACCUAUCAAUUUGACAACACCCCGGACUACAGUUCCCUACUCCGGGCGAACACCCCAGUAUCACGCAUGAUGACCACAUAUACCCGAAGAGGACCCGGCCAAAGCUACCUCAAAGUCGUGUUGGCUGAACGAAUCAACUCAUUGAUUGAAUUGAAAGACCUGGACCUUGAAAUUAAUCCGCUCAAGGUCUACGAGAAGAUGGUCAGCGAAAUUGAGGAGCAAAAUGGCGAAUUACCCCCCAAUCUACCGAAAGGGGUGACCGCCGAACAGGCUGCGGAAAACGAAACGGUCCAGCAAAGAAUCGCACCGCGGCUCACCAUGCUUAUGGAAAUCGCUAAUUCUUUUCUGACGACCAUUAUUGAUGGCCUCGAGGAGACACCGUAUGGCAUUAGGUGGAUCUGUAAGCAGAUCCGAAGCUUGUCCCGACGAAAAUAUCCGGACGCAGAGGACCAGACGAUUUGUACACUCAUCGGCGGGUUCUUCUUCCUGCGAUUUAUCAACCCGGCGAUUGUAACGCCCAGGUCUUAUAUGCUCAUCGAUGCAACCCCGGCAGAGAAUCCGAAGCGAACUCUCACUUAUGUUGCGAAGAUGCUGCAAAACCUGGCAAACAAGCCUUCCUACGCAAAGGAACCAUAUAUGGUCAAACUACAGCCGUUUAUUCACCAGAACAAGGGGCGCAUCAACAAGUUUCUCCUUGAUUUAUGUGAAGUCCAAGACUUCUAUGAGACCUUGGAGAUGGACAACUAUGUCGCGCUUUCCAAGAGGGACCUUGAACUUUCAAUCACUCUCAACGAAGUAUAUGUCACGCAUGCGUUGCUAGAGAGACAUCAAACGGAAUUGGCAAAGGAGGAAAGCUCCCACUUAGGCGUUCUGCUUCAAGAGCUUGGACCCGCUCCCGCUCAACUGCCCAGAAAGGAGAAUCGCGCCAUCAACCUGCCAUUAUUUAGCAAAUGGGAGACCCCUCUGGACGAUCUUACUGCAGCCUUGGACAUCACCCAGGAGGAGAUUUUCUUCAUGGAGGCCAAGUCGACGUUUGUCAUGAUCCUACGAUCUCUUCCACCGAACUCGUCGAUCACCAGAAGGCCGUUGAGGCUUGACCGAAUAGCAGAAGCUGCCGCGACAACGAAAAACGACUCAGUCAUGGUGAAGAAAGGUAUUCGCAGUAUGGAAUUGCUGAGCCAACUUCAAGAGCUUGGUGUGAUUGACAAGGAAGACGGUUUCUCGCUGCUCCGAGACGAGGUUGAACAAGAGCUAGUGCAUUUGGGCUCCAUGAAAGAUAAGGUUGUCGAGGAGACAAGGAAGCUCGAGGAAGUGUUCCGAACGAUCCGUGACCACAAUGCUUACCUUGUCGGCCAAUUGGAGACGUACAAGUCAUACCUCCACAACGUCCGCAGCCAGUCAGAGGGAAAGACGAGGAAGCAACAAAAACACCAAGUCUUGGGUCCGUACAAAUUCACUCACCAACAACUCGAGAAGGAGGGUGUCAUUCAGAAGAGUAAUGUUCCCGAGAACCGAAGAGCGAACAUCUACUUCAAUUUCACGAGUCCGCUUCCUGGGACUUUCGUCAUUUCGUUGCAUUACAAAGGCCGCAACAGGGGUCUCCUUGAGCUCGAUCUCAAGCUGGAUGAUCUUCUCGAGAUGCAGAAAGAUAAUCAGGAGGACCUCGACUUAGAGUAUGUCCAGUUUAACGUAUCAAAGGUCCUCGUUCUCCUCAACAAGCGAUUCGCGCGGAAGAAGGGAUGGUAG